ACAGCGUCUCACACAUGAAACCGUCCACAUCCAGACACAAAAUAUCCAUCACAAUGCCUUCAAACACAACAAUUCUGAAGCCUCAAACCAAGAAAACAGGAAGGAAAAUCAAAGCUGGAAACACUCCUGUUGAGAAACUUCCAGUUUAUGAGCCGAACAUUCCAGAGCCGACAACCAGAGAGGAGCUGCUCAAAUACUGGAUCAAUGUUUCUCUGGAUGAACGAACUGCCAAUAAGAUGCUGUGGCUGACAGAGGGUGGGGCUAAAGUGUCCCGCAUGACAGAUGAAGUGUGCCCUUACCUGGACAGACCAGAGAGAUUUGACCACAGCCCACAGGUGCUGUGUAAGGAGUCGGUGUGGGCCUCGCGUUGUUAUUGGGAGGUGCAGUACUCCGGUUGGGUUGUGAUCGGGGCUGUAUAUGAAUCCGCUGGCAGGAGGACUGGAGAUGGUGCCUGUGGCCUCGGGGAGAGCGAGGAAUCCUGGGGAUUGGGUUGGGCAGGAUCCUGCUAUGACGCCUGGCACAAAGGAACCAGCAGCAAGGUGUUAGAUGCGCCUCAGUGCCACACCAUCGGCCUGUAUGUGGAUCAGCCUGCAGGCCUGCUCUGCUUCUACAGCAUCCAGAUGCAGGAAGACACCAAGAAAAGAGAAGUCAAGUUAUUACACAGGUUUAAAAACCCCAUCAAGGAGAAACUCCUGCCCGGUUUCUGGAUGGGAAGACAGUCCUCCUGCGUAAUACUGAAGAAAGAGGAAUGAGGCAGGAGGAGAGAACAAAAAAAUCACAUGGUUGAAAAUGUACAUAAGAAAUAUAACUUGAUAUACAGUUGAAGUCCAAAUUAUUCGCCCCCCUGUGAAUUUGCUUUUCUUUUUCAGAUAUUUCCCAAAUUGUUUAACAGAUCAAGGAAUUUUUCACAAUGUUUUCACAGUAAAGCCUUAUUUGUUUUAUUUUAGCUAGAUUGAAAGCAGUUUUUAAUUUUUUAAGAACAUUUUAGGAUCAAAAUUAUUAGCUCCCUUAAGCAAUGUUUGUUUUGGAUUGUCUACAGCAGUGUUUCCCAACCCUGUUCCUGGAGGCACACCAACAGCACAUAUUUUGGAUGUCUCCCUUUUCUGACCCAUUAACUUCAGGUGUUGGAGUCUCUUCUGAUGUUAUGAUAAGUUGAUUCAGGUGUGUUUGAUUAGGGAGAGGUUGAAAAUGUGUACUGUUGGUGUGCCUUCAGGAACAGGGUUGGGAAACACUGGUCUACAGAACAAACCAGUGUUAUACGAUAACAUGCCUAAUUACUCUAACUUACCUAGUUAAGCCUUUAAAUGUCACUUUAAGCUGAAUACUAGUUUCUUGAAAAAUAUUCAGUCGAAUAUUAUGUGCAGUCAUCAUGGCAAACAUAAAAGAGAUCAGUUAUUAGAAAUGACUUAUUGAAACUAUUAUGUUUAGAAAUGUGUUGAAAAAAUCUUCUUUACAUUAAACAGAAAAAAUAUACAGGAGGCCUAAUAAUUCUGACUUCAUCUUUCUGUGAUAUGAUUUUACAGUGCAGAUAGUUGCUGAGAGUAAUACAGUAUAUUUUAUUAAUCUUCGGUUUUUGUUUGUGUAAUAAACCUGAUAUUUUUUACAUUU